UUUGCCGCUCACUUGCGACGGAUGGCAUUUUUCGUUCCCGUGAAAAUUUUUGCGAGUUAUUAUUUUGUAUUUUUAAAAUACAUUUCUUUCAUUAUCAAUUAAAUGAAUACAAAUGCGAUGCAUUAUUUUUUAAUGAAAUAUAAAAUGUGUUUACAAAUUUGUGUUGUGCUGUGAUUUGUGUUAAUUAUUUACUAAUAAUUAAAAAUUUUACAUAAUAAUAAGUGGCUUUAUUAUUGGAUUAAUUUAGACUGUCAAGGUGAAACGAAUGAAAAGAGAGUUAAAUAAUUAUAAUCAGCAGGGGUUAGAAGAGUGGCUGGAUAGUGGCGCUAGAGGGAGAGGAAGGAUGAGCUAGCAACAUGUGGAAGAACCAUAAUCGGGGUGGCCAGUCCACCUGGUCGUGGAUGUGGCUGUGGUUGUGGUUUAUCGCGGCUGCAGUUGGCUCAGCAUCUUCCGGUGUGCACAUAAAUUCACUCGACUCAAACAGUCCAGACACAGAUGAUCCGAUAAGUAGGAUAGCAACAGCCAAUGCUGGGUCUCUGCCGGCUCAUUUGAAUCAUCAGUCAUCGGCAACCCUGAACAUCGGUGGCCAUAAAAAUAAUGAAAUCCAUUUUCUGCAGUUCACUAAAAUUCAGUACAAUGUCACGAUACCGGAGAAUUCGAUCGGCAAGACUUACGUCUCGUCUGACGAAGAGAAAAUGGGCAUCAGUCUGCCCUAUUCACUGUCGUCGUCAUCUUCGUUGAAACGUGAUCAGAUAGAUAUUAAGUUUCGUAUUGUGGGCGGAGAUCGGGACAAGUUAUUCAAGGCCGAGGAACGGACGGUCGGUGACUUUUGUUUUCUCCUCGUGCGGACUCGUACCGGGAAUGUCGUCGUAUUAAAUCGGGAGCGUAAAGAUCGUUAUGUGUUACAAGUGCGGGCAACUUGGACGUGGAGAAAUAUUGUAUCCAGAGGCAAUAGUAAUAACAAAGCGGGAGCUCCGGGAGCUGCAGGAGCAACGAUUGUCCACCAGGAGACAGAAACUACAGUGGUUGUUACUGUACUCGACACCAAUGACCUCAACCCGCUGUUCGUACCUAACGAGUAUAUAGAGACAGUUACAGAAGAUACGCCAUUGCAUAGAAGUAUCCUUAAAGUUGUGGCUGAGGAUGCCGACUUGGGCAGAAAUGGCGAGAUAUACUACAGCUUUGCCGAGGAGACUGAACAAUUUGCUGUGCAUCCGGUCACCGGGGUCAUCACGCUCACCAGGCCACUUAGAUACGUGGAACGUGCCAUCCACGAGUUAGUAGUCGUGGCAAAGGAUCGAGGUGCCCUGGACCGAGGGGUCGGCACGAAUCGGGCAAGUACGGCUAGGGUCACCAUCAGGGUCCAGCAAGUAAACUUGUAUGCGCCAGAAAUAUACGUUAAUCAUUUGCCGGACGUUGUAGAAAAUUCAAAUGCCGAUGUGUAUGCCAUAAUACGUGUUGUCGACCGCGACGAGGGUAUACACGGAGAAAUAGCCAGCUUGGACAUUGUUGGCGGUGAUCCAGAUGGUCAUUUUCGCGUGAGACCUGGUCAUAAGCCUGGUGAAUACACCAUUGAAAUUUUACAUUUGCUAGAUCGCGAAGGCGCGAGACAGGGUUACAACCUGUCGCUACGUGCCAUUGACAGAGGAACGCCACAGAGAUUUAGCCAUAAAAUAGUACCAGUUCAUUUGUCUGACGCCAAUGACAAUGCCCCUGUUUUUAGUCAUGAAUUAUAUCAAGUUGAUGUUUCGGAAACAGCACCAAUCAAUACCCCGUUGAUUAAAUUAAAAGUGACGGAUGCUGAUGAAGGUAAAAAUGCACUUGUUUCGUUGGAAAUUGUGGGAGGAAAUGAGGGCGGAGAAUUUCAUGUCAAUGCUGAUACUGGAAUGCUUUACACCGCGGUACCACUUGAUGCCGAAACAAAAACACUCUAUACGCUAACGGUUUCUGCGGUAGAUCAGGGUAAUACUGGAACACGAAAACAGUCGUCAGCAAAAGUUAAAAUAAAUGUUCUAGAUGCCAAUGACAAUGAUCCGAUAUUUGAAAAUUCUGAAAUGACAGUAGAAAUAGACGAAAACCAACCGGCUGGUACUAGUGUAAUUAAAGUUACGGCACGUGAUAAAGACUCUGGUGAAAAUGCUUAUAUAUCGUAUUCAAUAGAUAAUAUUGAAAAAAUACCAUUUGAAAUAGAUCCGUUUAGCGGUUUGAUAAGAACCAAACAAGUAUUAGAUUAUGAAACAAUGAAACGUGAAUAUAUAUUAUCGGUACGUGCUAGUGAUUGGGGAUUACCGUAUCGUCGUCAAACCGAAAUGCAAUUACGUGUUAAAGUACGUGAUAUAAAUGACAAUAGACCGCAAUUUGAAAAAAUUGAUUGUAUUGUUCGAGUAUCACGUUUCAUUCCAAUUGGCUCGGAGAUUUUAACCGUUUCGGCGAUCGAUCUCGAUGCUGGCAAUAUGAUUAAUUAUCGAAUUGAAUCAAGUGACGAAGAUUCGUGUUUUUCACUAGAUUCUGCUUCCGGUGUAUUGUCAUGUAUUUGCGAUUUGACUGACAUAAGUGCAACGGAAAUGCACGUUAAUGUAACAGCAACUGACGGCACACACUUCGCUGACAUAAAUGUUAUACGUGUGCAGCUGGUUAAUACCAAGAGAAACUUGGGCUCUCAAGGGAAAAUACUUGACAACGAAACUGGUGCAUUCAAGUGUCAUGAUACAGGUGUUGCAAGGCGGCUUACUGAUGCUAUCGAGCAAGCUGAAAAAAAUAACCAGCCGUCACAUAGCCAUGAUCGACAUACGCUUACACCACGUCGUUACGGCGGGAAUGUACAUGCACCAGAAUUCAUUGACUUCCCGACUGAAAUUAAAGUCAAUGAGUCUGUUAAAUUGGGCACUACUUUGGUCCGUAUACUUGCCAAAGAUCGUGACCUUGAUUACAAUGGCAAGCUGGUAUUUGGGAUAACAAAUGGAGAUCGUGAUUCGGUAUUUUCAAUAAAUCAAGAGACCGGAGAUCUAAAUGUUAUUGGUCAUUUGGACCGUGAAAGAGAGAACGAAUACUUUCUCAAUAUAAGUGUUUAUGAUUUGGGCAAACCCCAAAAGUCAGCAUCUAAAAUGUUGCCAAUAGUCGUGCUGGAUGUUAAUGACAAUGUGCCAAAAUUCGAAAAACCCCUGGCAAGUUUCAAGAUAUCGGAGAACGCGUUAAAUGGCACAAAUGUAUUCCGCGCUAAUGCUACGGAUGCAGACUUGGGUGAGAACGCACGCAUCACAUACUCGUUAGUUACUGAAACAAAAGAUUUUCGUGUUGAUCCAGUGUCCGGUGUGCUGAGUGUUUACGGGAAAUUAGACCGUGAGAGACAAGAAAUAUACGAACUUAAAAUACGUGCUAGUGAUAAUGGUGGCUCGGGUGAAGUACCGCCACUUUAUUCGGACGCUCUUGUUCGCGUUACGGUUGAUGAUAUUAAUGAUAAUCCGCCAACAUUCCCAUUGCCAAGUUACUCUGUUAAAGUACGUGAGGAUAUUCCAGUAUGGAGUGUUGUGGCAAUAGUCGAAGCCACUGACCCCGAUGAAGGUCCCGGUGGUGAAAUUGAAUAUUCAUUGUCAGACACUAUGGACAGUGAAGGCUACUUUAAAGUCGAUCAACUAUCAGGCACUGUUAGGACUACGAGGACACUUGAUUUCGAACAGCGUCAAGUCCAUACUAUUACAAUAGUCGCGAAAGAUCGCGGCGAACCGUCACUGUCGUCGGAGACAAUGUUGAUAAUUGAAGUCGUUGACGUCAAUGAAAAUCUUCAUGCUCCUGUUUUUGACGACUACAUUGUGGCGACAAGUGUAGCAGAAAAUCAACCCGUCGGUACACUAGUGACAACAGUGCGCGCCAAAGACGUCGAUCCCGCAGGUCCAGAUUCGCGAAUCGGUUACAGCAUCCGCGGGGGCGAUGGAAUGGGACUAUUUACUAUUGAUGACGAAGGAAAUGUGAGAACCAAAGCUGUACUGGAUGUGGAAUCAAAAGAGGGAUAUUGGUUAACCGUGUAUGCACAGGACCACGGUGUCGUCCCAUUAAGCUCACAACUGCAGAUGUACGUUCAAGUUCUGGACGAAAACGACAAUACCCCGCUUACUCAACUGCCCGUUUAUUAUCCGUCCAUUCCGGAAAAUUCACCAGCUGGCGUCAGUGUAGUGCAAAUAAAAGCAUUCGAUGGAGAUAUUUCACCUCAGGAAUUCAGUUUUUCCAUCACCAGUGGCAAUCCUGAAGGAUAUUUUCUUAUUAACUCUACCACGGGUCUGAUUACAACCAGCGGCAGAAAACUCGAUCGUGAAAACCAAGUUGAACAUAUUCUCGAGGUCACUGUUAGAGAUAAUGGAACGCCACCUUUGUCCUCGACGACUCGCGUAAUCGUCCAAGUUGAGGAUAUCAACGAUCAUGGCCCCGAGUUUGAGCAGAAAUUCUACACUGUUCGCAUUCCAGCAUCCCCCAACAUCGACAAGUCACUUUUUCAGAAAUCGAGGAACCGCUCGCGGGCAUACGACCUUUCAAGUGAUAGUGAUUCGUUGCUUGAGAAUGGAACUUGGGAAACAUAUACCCCCGAAAACAUAUCCGGAGAUGGUGUCUUCAGGGUACUGGCUAAUGACAAAGACGUGGGAGAAAAUGGAAAUAUUACAUACAGUAUCAAAGGCGGCCGAGGUAAAGGAAAAUUUCGAAUUCAUCCUACUACCGGGAUGGUUUAUUCACAAAAAGGCUUUGAGGUUGGACAAGAAUAUGAGAUGAUGAUUCGAGCAGCCGAUAACGGUGACCCCCAACGAAGUCACCAAACCCGCGUCUCAGUUCAAGUAGUCGAAUUACCUAAAGAAUCGAAAUACCCCCCGGAGUUCAAAAGCGCCAAUCAAACUGCCACAGUAACAGAAAGUGACCAAGUAGGUUUUCUUGUGGCUUUAGUUCAAGCCACUGACCAAGACGGUGAUACACUUUGGUACGACAUAGUCGACGGUGAUAAACGCGACGAAUUCUUCAUCGGUCGCGAUAACGGAAACGUAUUGCUAGCGAAGAAACUCGACUGGGAAACGGAAAAUUUUUACAAUAUAACAAUAAGCGCCACUGACGGCAUAUUUACAGCAACGACUCAAUUACUCGUAAAUGUAAUUGAUAUUAAUGACCACCGUCCAGAAUUUUCCGAAUCCACUUAUCGCGUUGAAAUAUCCGAGAAUGUUGACAAAGGAGAAACUGUUUUACAGCUUCACGCAACCGACAAAGAUGAAGAUAAAAAAGUUUUUUACAGUUUGUAUGCCGCACAAAAUCAGCAGUCCCUUGAAAUAUUUCACGUUGACUCAAUAACCGGUACAAUUAUCCUCAAUGAUUACUUAGAUCGUGAAACAAUUGAAGAACACAUCUUGACUGUUAUGGUACGUGAUCAAGGUACUCCAGCAAAACGUAAUUAUGCCCGUGUUAUUGUAACAGUACACGAUCAUAAUGAUCACAUACCAGAAUUUACAAAUGAAAUGAUCCAUGGUAAAAUUUACGAAACUUCACCAAUCGGAGCUGGUGUUGUCCAGGUGAAUGCUAUUGACCGUGAUCGUGGUGACAAUGCACGAAUUACCUACUCAAUAACAUCCGGUAAUGUCGGAAAUGUAUUCACAGUUGAGCCUAAUUUAGGGGUAAUACAUGUCGCACGUGAAUUAGAUCUGAAUGUCAUAUCUGAGUACAUAUUAUUAGUAAAAGCAACCGAUCAUGGCUCCCCGGCAUUGACCAAUACCGUCCCGGUGGAUGUUAUUGUAACGAUGGCUGAUAAUGCACCCCCGCGAUUUUUACAACGCGAAUUAGCAGCCGAAAUUUAUGAAAAUCAGCCGACAGGAACUUAUGUUAAACAUGUCGAAGCAAGAAGCACUUCGUCGCUUCAAUUUGAACUAGUGCAAGGUAAUAAAGGUGACAUGUUUUUCAUAAAUCCCAGUACCGGAGUCAUAACUACUAAAAAUCGUCUUGAUUAUGAGAAACUUAAAUUUUACAACUUGACAAUAUCUGCGACAAAUAUGGCAGGUGCUAGUGCAGUUUGUUAUGUUAUUGUUCAUGUAUUGGAUCGUAAUGACAAUGCACCGAAAUUUUUACAAGCAAUUUAUGAGGGUCAGAUCAGCGAAGGAGCCAGUAUUGGAUCAUUGGUCCUGACUAAUUCAAGUUCUCCAUUGGUUAUUAAAGCCGAAGAUGCCGAUUCGGAGUUGAAUGCACUACUGAGUUAUGAUAUCGUUGAAGAUUUGCCGCGAAAAUUUUUCCACAUUGAUUCAAGCACCGGCGCAAUCAGGACAGUUAUGGUUUUAGAUCAUGAAACAAUAGCCAAAUUUGAAUUCCAUGUUAAAGUUUCAGAUUUAGGAAAACCGAAAUUGUCAUCGGAAACAACAGCAAAAGUUAUGAUCACUGUAACGGAUGUCAAUGACUGCCCGCCAAAAUUUACUAAAAAUCAUUACAAUGCAACGCUAUUACUGCCUACAUAUAAAAAUGUCGCGGUUGUUCGCGUCGAAGCUAUCGACCCUGACAGCAAAGGCGUACCGCUCAGAUACGAUAUUAUUGAUGGUAACAAAAAUCAUACAUUCGAUAUCGACUCGCAAACGGGAAUAAUAACAGUCCGCAAUACAGAACUAAUAAAAAAAAUCUAUUUACUUCAUGUACGUGUUUCGGACGGUAAAUAUUCGAGUGUAACGCAAGUAAAUGUCAAAGUUGAGGAAUCUGAGAACUCAGGAUUGGUAUUUCAAAAGAGCAUUUACGAAGGCACGAUAAUGGAGAACUCGACGAAAAUAAUGACUGUUGCGGUGGUCAAUGUGCUGGGUACUGCAUUGAAUGAGUACAUAAUAUUCAGUAUACUAAAUCCGACAGACAUGUUUGAAAUAGGACGUACGUCAGGGGCCAUAAGAACAACGGGAAAACGUUUUGACAGAGAAACUAUUGAUCAUUAUGAACUUAUUGUUGAAGCUAAAAGCCAAACGGUUGAUCGUGAAAAACCCAGAGUUGCUCAUGUUAUCGUCAAUGUCACGAUUCUUGAUAUUAACGACAAUUGCCCGAUGUUCGUGAAUCUACCGUAUUAUGCGGUUGUUUCGGUUGACGCACAGAAAGGCAGCGUUAUCACUAAGGUUCACGCAAUCGAUAUGGAUAGCGAUGACAACGGAGAAGUGAGAUAUGAGCUAAAGAAAGGUCACGGAGAACUCUUUCGCGUAUCCCGAAAAACAGGAGAAAUUUCACUUAAACAAAACCUAGAGGGUCACAAUCGAGAAUACCAACUCACGAUCGCGGCCUAUGACGGCGGUCUUACGCCCUGCUCUAUUGAGGUGCCAGUCAAUGUUAAAGUUAUCGACCGUUCUAUGCCUACAUUCGACAAACAGUUUUACACCGCAGAUGUCUUUGAAAAUAUCCAAGUCGACUCACCGCUUUCACUUUCCAUUCAAGCCAAGUCUGAUCUCGAUCGGAAACUUAUCUACAGCAUCACCAAAGGCAAUGACUUUGAGGAAUUUGCUCUCAACUUUAAUACCGCCCCCGACAAUAACAAUGGUCCUUGUACGAUCUACGUGGUGGACGAGCUGGAUUACGAGCAGAAAAAACAGUACGAGCUGACAGUACGAGCAACUGACAGUGUGUCAGGUGUGUAUGCUGAAGUAUUGGUCAGCAUUCUUGUCCAAGACGUGAACGAUUGCCCUCCAGAGUUCACUCAAGACUCUUACAACAUCUCGGUAUCAGAGGCUGCGCCAUUUGGUACUUCGAUAUUGAAAGUCAGCACUCGUGAUAACGAUACUGAAAUAAAUCAACAAGUGGUAUACGCAAUCCAAAAUGACACUCAAAACAGCAACGACCUUUUCCAUAUCGAUCCCGAAGAAGGCGUUAUAUUUUUAAAACGCUCGUUAGAUCAUGAAACCCAUGAUUCGCAUCACUUCACAGUAAUCGCAACAGACAGAGGGAACCCCCCACUGUCAAGUACUGCUCACGUGUGGGUAACAGUUAUCGACAUGAAUGAUAAUCCGCCAAAAUUCGAGCAACCGUCCUACACAUGUUCUCUCUCUGAGGACGCAGAACGUGGUCAAUUUGUAACAGUCGUGACAGCAAGUGACCCCGACUACAUCGACGAUAAACUCACCUACACAAUAGUCGGUGGUAAUGACCAACAGACUUACUCCAUUGACCAAUCAACUGGGAUUAUAACGUUAAUUAACAUGCAAAAUUUUGGCGAACAAAAACUUACAAUGUUAAAUGUAUCAGUAACAGAUGGUGUCUACACAAGUUUUACACGUGUUAAAGUUGAAAUAUUGCCGGCAAAUAAUCACGACCCUAAAUUCAUAAACCCCUUGAUUGAAGUUACCGUCAUGGAAAAUCAAUUACCCGGGCGUUUAGUAGCAACAGUCUUGGCAACAGAUCAAGAUUUUGGUGAUUUCGGUUCUAUUUAUUAUUCAAUACCUUCAACAAUGAUGCGCGAUGUGUUUGAUAUAAAUCGUUUGACGGGUGAAAUAACAACAAAGAAAAAAUUGGACCGUGAAUCAGUAAAAUUGUAUGAAUUGCUGGUAAUGGCGACUGAUGAGGGAGGCCGUUCUGGUUUCGUAACUGUUCGGAUACGUGUUGGCGAUGAAAAUGACAAUUCACCAGUAUUUUAUUUACGGGAAUAUAAAACAACUAUACACAGCAAUAUAUCUAUUAAUGUACCGUUUGUCAAAGUGAGAGCUUACGAUCUAGACGACGAGGAAGCUGCUAAACUCGAGUAUUCAAUAUUCGAGCCACAGAAUUCCGAAAUGAAAAAUCUUUUUGGCGUAAAUCCAGACACCGGUGCUGUCUUUCUUAUAAAAAACGCUGGGCUCUUAGAAAAUCAAUUGUUUGAGUUCUUUAUUCGUGCUACUGACAAAGGGUCAACAGUUCAUCACGCAGAUGUUCCUAUCAGUGUCUACAUAAUGAGCCCACAAGACGUGCCGCCGAUUUUCGAACGAAAAGAGGACAAAUUUUUCAUAUCCGAAGGCUCGACUGUCGGCACUCCCAUUACAACAUUAAGGACAAUUACGAAUAGUAGCGUUAAAUAUCGUAUAGUAUCUGGCGGUGAUGACGACACGCAAUUAUUUGCCAUCAAUCAGCAAGGACAGAUAACCUUGGCAAGAACAUUAGAUCGUGAGCUAAAAGAUCAUCAUGUGAUAGCAGUUUUGGCAGAGACUGAUUCAAGCCCACCAUUGACAGCCUUGGCAGAAAUAUCGCUCCAGGUCCUUGAUGAAAAUGAUCACGCGCCUAAAUUUGAAAGCACUCCUUACUCGAUAAAUCUGGCGGAAAACAUCGAAGAGGGCACGUCGAUACUAAAAGUAAUAGCUCAUGACGCAGACUUGGGCAGUAAUGGCGAAGUUCGUUAUUCAUUUGGUUCAGAUAUUGGGGAAUUGGCGAACGUAUUUACCGUUGACGCUUACACGGGAUGGAUAUCGACUCUAGUGCCGCUUGAUAAAGAAAAACAACCGGAAUUUAAAUUCCAAGUUAUUGCAACAGACAAUGGAAAUCCGAAGCACUUUGCGCGUACUUCUGUUCAUGUCAAACUAAAAGAUUACAAUGACAAUUCUCCGUCAUUUGCUAAUGAUCGUUAUGAAGCAACAGUGAAGGAAGACGCGCUACCGGGCACUGUUGUCGUUAAAUUAACAACUGUUGACAAAGACAUCGAUUUGAAUACACCUGUUGAAUUCUAUAUUACCUCAGGCGAUCCCAGAUCACAAUUCCAAGUUAGAUCUACUGGCGAAGUUUACGUCGCUAAGUCAUUAGAUCGUGAACUUGUUGAUCGUUACGAAUUGAACGUCGUUGGUACAGAUGGUAAAUUUGUUUUUGACACUAUUGUAACCGUACAAGUCCUAGAUGUCAAUGACAAUCCGCCGUACUGUUUGCGAUAUCGAUACCGUGAGGUUCUUUCCGAAGGCUCUCAUCCUGGAACUUAUGUUCUGACAGUUUUAGCAACCGAUUACGAUGAUGACGUCAAUGCUAAGUUAAGAUUCUAUCUGACAGACGACACCAAUGGCAACAAUAAUGACAAAUUUUCUUUGGAUCAAGACACAGGAGUUCUGAAAACAAUCGGGCAGUUAGAUCGUGAAACCCAGUCGAGGUACUCAUUGACUGCGCAUGUUCAAGAUCGCGACAAAUCCUUCUGGGAAUGUUCAUCCCAAUUAGAAAUAAUAGUAUCCGAUCUCAAUGACAAUGCACCUAAAUUUACGAUGAUGACUUACAAUACUGCGUUACCGGAAGACGUUAAAGUGGGUACUCUUGUCACAAAAGUGCACGCAACAGAUGAUGAUAUCGGCAUUAAUCGUAAAGUGCGUUACGAAUUUGUUGACUCAGCAAACGAGCAUUUCGUAAUAACAUCUGAUAGUGGCAUAGUCACUCUAGCUAAGCCGCUCGAUCGGGAGACUAAAGAAAUUUACAAUUUGACAGUAAAAGCCCUAGAUCAAGGAACUCCUCAAUUAUUUAGCACAGCAAAGUUGAUUGUAAACGUACAGGAUAUCAAUGACAAUCCACCGGAAUUUACAUCAAAGUCGUACUUUGCCUCAGUACCAGAAAUUGAUCAAGUAGGAACAGAGAUUGCGCGGGUGCUAGCAGAGUCCAAAGACACGGGGAUAAAUGCUAUUGUCUAUUACUCAAUAAUUGGCGGGAAUGAGCACAAAAAAUUCAAUAUUAAUAAUCAGACCGGAGUAAUUACUAUUGCGGAACAGCUGGAUUAUGAACGAGCGCGUGAUUACUUCUUGACAAUCCAAGCAAUCGACGCGGGAAUACCGCCAUUGAGUAAUUACGCAACGGUAAAUAUUACUGUGUCAGAUUGUAAUGACAAUGCCCCAAUAUUCAAUCAGCUGUCGUACCGUGCGUCAGUCCGUGAAGACGCACCUGUAGAUGAACAAGUUACUCAGGUAUUUGCUAGUGAUUUAGACAGCAGUGAAAGCGGAGAAGUGUCUUAUUACAUAGAGCGCGGAGAUCGUUUGAAGCACUUCAAAAUCGAUCAUAACACGGGAAUAAUCAGCGUUGCUGGGCAAUUAGAUCGUGAAACAACGCCUCAUUACGCUCUUGAAAUUCAUGCACGUGAUAAUGGACAGCCAGUACUUGAAAGCUUUGUUAUUGUGAAUAUCGAAAUAAUGGAUGCCAAUGACAACCCGCCAAUGUUUUCACAAUCAAAUUAUUCAGCAGUAGUACAGGAAGACAAGAAAAUAGGACACGUUGUAAUAAAAUUCGUCGUUACUGAUGCUGAUAUUGCGCCAAAUGCCGAUCCAUAUACAUUUGAUUUCCGUUCGGGUAAUGACGGCGAUGCUUUUCGUCUUGAACAAGACGGCUCGCUGCGUACUGCUAUUAAAUUUAAUAGCCGCGUUAAAGACUACUAUUUACUACACAUACGGGUCUUUGAUAACGGCACUCAGCCUUUGUAUUCCGAUGCAUGGAUUUCCAUUAAAAUAAUCGAGGAGUCACAGUACCCGCCUAUUAUUACACCUUUGGAAAUAACGAUAAAUUCAUAUUUGGAUGAAUAUCCUGGUGGUAAAGUUGGCAAAGUUCACGCUAGUGAUCGUGAUCAAUACGAUACACUUCACUACAGUCUUGUUCCAUCGAUGCCGCCUAUCGCUGGGGAUUUGUUCAAAAUUGACAAAGACGAUGGAACACUUGAAGCGCUACCGCGAUUAGAUGUAGGCGAAUAUCGACUAAACAUAAGUGUGAGUGAUGGGAAAUUUAAUUCAUACGCAGUGAUUAAAAUCACGGUUGAAUUGGUAUCAGAAAAGAUGCUCGAGAAUACGGUAAUUGUAAGAUUCCGCGAGGUGAGUCCGGAAGAUUUUGUACUGAGCCAUCGCAAAGGAUUCAUGAGGACAAUACGCAAUGCUAUGAAUUGUCGGCUGAAGGAUAUUGUUAUUAUAAGUGUACAGGCUUCAUCAGACGAUGUUAACAUUAUCAAAUCGCGGUUGACACGCCGUCAAGCUAUUCACAAUGACUUGGAUUUGCUUUUCGCUGUACGUAAAUCAAAUCCACUUCUGGGUGCGCCGGGUUUCUAUUCAUCAGAAAGUAUUCGCGAGGCAUUAAAUCAACAUAUUGAAGAAUUGGAAGAGUCAACGAAACUAGUAGUCGAAGAAAUAGUCAGAUUUAAGUGCAACAAAGGCCACUGCGUAUACGGCGAUUGCGUUGACAAAAUAAUUCUCGAUCAAACGCAAAUCACACCCGUCGCUACAGAUGUAAUGUCAUUCGUAUCCCCCAAGUACAAACACAAAAUAGAGUGUUCCUGCAAAGAGGGUUACGCCGGAAAUCACUGCGAAGUUGUCAUCAACGAGUGCGCUACUGACCCCUGCCAGACAUUCAAAGUCUGCAUACCCGAUUCAUCAGUCCAAGGGUUCUCUUGCCAAUGCCCCGAAGGCUUCGCUGGACCCACAUGUGACAUUGACAUCUCGAAAUGCCACGACGAGUCCUGCUACGUGCCACGGAAUCCCAUUUCAUUCGGCGGCAAGAGUUACGCGAGGUAUAAAAUCGACCACGCUCAAAUACGGCAAACGAUCGAAGACCGUUUAAGUUUAUCUCUGCGCAUCCGAACAGUACAGCCGACUGGAAAUCUUAUGUAUGCAGCCGGUAAAAUAGAUUAUAAUAUACUGGAAAUAGUAAAUGGUGCAGCGCAAUAUAAAUUUGAUUUAGGAAGCGGUGAGGGUCUUGUACGUGUAAGCAGCGUGUACAUAAGUGAUGGUCAGUGGCACGAAAUUCAAUUAGAACGUGAGAGUAAUAGUGCGCGGCUUACAGUAGAUGGCAAACAUAUUGCGCAUGGCUCCGCCCCAGGUAUUAAUGACAUACUUAAUCUACAGUCAGAUGAUCUUUAUCUGGGAGCUGAAGUACGACAGCAUCCGUCGAUAUUGGGAUUCGAGGACGUGCAGCGUGGUUUUAUUGGCUGCAUGGACGAUGUUAGAAUUGCUAAACUAUCAGUCCCGUUGCACAUGAGCGGUGGCAGCAGCAGUGCUGUUGUACUUAAACGGUUCGCCAAUGUCGAAUUUAGCUGUGAUACGUCGACGAUUUUAGUGCCGCCGGGAAUAUGUGGAUCGCAGCCCUGUCAGAAUGGUGGUACGUGUAAAGAGAUCGAUGGGGGUGAUAGAUAUGAGUGCCAUUGUCACGGUAGAUUUAAAGGAAUUGCCUGUGAAAUAGAUACUGAUCCAUGCGCAUCAUCGCCUUGCCUUUACGGCGGACGUUGCAAAGUAAUAGAGGGCGGCGAUUACGUCUGUGAGUGCACUGGGGCAAGUUUAACGGGCAAACGUUGCGAAUUCGGUAAAUACUGCAGCCCUAAUCCGUGCAUUCAUGGCGGUAUCUGCGAAGAGGGCAAUAAUGGCCCUAUCUGUAAAUGUCACGGUUUUACGGGUGAUCAUUGUGAAAUAGAUGUCAAUGAAUGUGACGCUAAUCCGUGUAUUAAUGGGGGCACUUGUGUAAAUGAAAUCGGUACAUAUCGUUGUAUUUGUCCACCGAACAUGACAGGUAUUAACUGCGUUAAUGCCAUUUAUUCACCCUCUAUUAUUUCUGAACACUUUAAUAUCACGUGGGAACAAUUAAUGUGGAUCGGUGUUUCUUUAGUUGCCAUUUUACUUAUUAUUAUUAUUUUUGUAACGUACAAAAAAAUUCGUAAUAAACGCACGCGUGCUUGUGCUAAUAAUAUUAACAAUGAGACACGCAAACAAAUUGUAUUAAAUUCUGCGAGGCCUAAUGAUCACGAGUUCAAACGCAGCUCGAAACUCAGUAAUCUGGAAGUCAUACAGAGAGAACCUCCCCAAUGUCCUCCCAGACCUGCCUCCUAUACUCCCAGUUCUAACAAUGAGCCGUCAUACGGUACCACGGCGGCAGUCGCGCUCAACAAUUUAGAUACCCUGAGGAGUUAUGGGAGCGCCGGUGAUGAACUUGAAAACUUUCCUCCUGAUUACUUGAGAAAUUUGAAUCGCAGCACCCCAGUACCCAAUCCUACACUAGCUCUAGCAAAUCCGGUGGGCGGAAAUACUGCUGGAAGUGACGCAGACAGUCUGCAUAAACCAACUUGGCAAGAGCAAAUGUACCUUGCUUCGUUCAUCAGUGACACUGCCAAAAUCAAGAACGACCUGAAACGAGCGAGUCCAGUGGUACCAGAGCUGACCACUGGAGGACUUCUUCUAAGUUCAACACGAAGGCCACCUCACAGAGGUGCAAGUUCCAUCGCCUCUUUCUCAUCUUGCGAAGAUGAUCCUCGCAUAGUCGGUGGGUAUCACUGGGACUGCUCAGACUGGGUCAGGCCGAGUCAGAACCCUCUGCCUAACAUUACGGAAGUACCUGGUAGCGAAGUACCAGACUCCUCGAGCUUCCACAGCAACGAGAGCAAUGAAUCAAACACUCAUCAGCUACCAUCGGUGCACGGUUCAAUAGACCCAACAAGAGACAUCUCAACCCUAAAUGAAGAUCAAGAAUCCGAAUAUAUUGGGGACUCUGAGUGCGGAACCGAGUUCUCAGAGCACUACAAUUGUCCGGAGACACAGCGAUUGAAUCCGCUAGACAGUGGAGGCGAGGGUGAAUACAAAUAUAAAGAUUCUGAUAGUUAUUUGAGGCAUCCAAACUCAUAUUUGCCUCAUUACAACAUUCACACCGACACUGAGAAUGAGAUGAAUCCGCUCAAUGGUCGUCUUAGUACUUUGGAAUCCGACGAGGAGGAGGAAGACGACGUAGUGCCUUACGGAUUCCCAAGUGUGCGCCGUAACAGAUGUAAAGGCGACGAUAAUGAUGAUAUUGGUUCUGUUAUUACAACUUUAGAAGAACGUAACUCAUUGCUAGGUGGUGGUACUAGUAAUAGCGACUUAUCGACAAAUUUAUGUGAAAUCGAUGAUUCUGAGUGUGAAAUAAAUGAUAAGAAAAAUAACGCCCGCAUGUGGCUUUCCGGUAAUGGUGUCACUCAGACUUCUGUGUGACAUUCAACACUAACUAUCAUUUACAAAGUAAAUAUUUAUUAUUAUUAUUAUGAUAAUAACAAUAAUAAUAUCUAUUAUAACAUUAAUUACUAUUAUAAGCAAAUAUGCGUGAAUGUUUUGUGUUUUUAAUACCGAUAAAAUUUUAAUUUUAAUUAAAAUAGUCCAUUGAGACAUGAGUGGGAAUAUAGCAGACAUCAGACGAAUUUAAAAUUAUAAAUGAAUAGAGUCAACAAUUAAUAAAAUAAAAUUUUUUAAAAAUGCGCAUUCAAAAAAGUUAGAAAUUAAUCAUUGCAUUUUUUAUAGAUAUUAUUUUUUUAAUUACAAUCGACUACCCGUCAUAAGCCUGCCCUUCAUAAGCCUCUUCCCCUCAAUCGGGAGUUACUGAGUCCAAACAGCUUCCCCAGUUUUUUGAGUUUCGUACCAGACAUCCCGUUAUAAGCCUCCGUUAAAAUUGUCUAAAUUAUAAACUAACAAUAGGAACAAAAUAUCUGAAUAAAUAAUGAAAAUUUACUAUCGAUGUUUCGCGGAGAAUAAUUUAAUCAUUAUUAAGUAAAAUAUUAUUUAUUGUUCAUAGUUGUAAUCAUUAAUUACAAUUAAAGCUUCCAUUACAAUUAAAAAGUUUUAUUGAUUAUUAUGUUGGUCAAUAAAAUUAUUAUUAUUAUCAUUACUGUAAUUAAUACCGUUGUCAUUAGAAUUUUUUGCAUUCAAAAUAUUAUUAGUAGUUAUUAUUAGUAUUUAUUUUAGCGCUAUAAGGACUAGAAAAAUUGGGAUAGUAACGUAUGUAACAAAACGUAAAUAUGACGUUUAAAAUGAUAUAAAAUAAAACAGGCUUAUAACGGAUAGUCGAGAACAAAACUAAACGCACGGUAAUGGGAAGACUGAAAUUCCAAGAAUAAUUUCCCCUACAUCCCUUAGACCAGGCUUAUAACGGGUAGUCGACUGUAUUUACUCUAUUCCUGGGAAAAAAUGUUCAGACCUGAACUCAUUUCACACUUCAGACAUGAACAGGCAUGAUCAUAUCUGACGUCAGACAUGAACAGACAUGAUCAUGUCUAAUUUCAGGCCUGAUCAUACAUGAACAAACAUGACCAUGUCGAAUUUUAAGCCUGAUCAUACAUGAACAGGCAUGAUCAUGUCUGAACAUUUUUUCCCGGGUUAAUAUAUAAUUUUAAAUUUGUCUGAUGUCUGCUACAUUCACACCCGUCAUUGAGACAGAUAAUUUUGUAUAUAAAUAUUAAUUAAAACAAUGUGUUUAUAAGAAAAUUUAUUAUGUAUAAAAUAAGCUGGCAGCUAAUUAAAAUACGAGACUGAUGUCACUAGAAAAUUAUUUCAUUUUUUAUAAAUUAUGUAUCAAGAAAUCUCAAUUAUUUUUUUUAAUUCUGCGUACUUAAUUACUCUGUCAACUUUAUUUUUUUUUUU